AUGCGAUUUACAGUGCCACCACCAGACGAUGACGAACUGGUCAAUCUGAGCUUGCUUUACCGACCCGAUCUUUUUUUGAACUACCAAAAUAGCUUCCAUGAAGUCCAGGGUAGUCUGUCAUCUUCGGAGGUAGCGUCUUCCAUGCCGACCGGAGGUUAUUCUUAUUAUCCUCACACGGCUCAAUCCUCCGCAUAUCCAGACGCGACCAUCAGCACUCCUUUGGGAUUGGGGUAUCGUGAACAGGAUCGGUCAAGCCAAUUUCCUAUCUUCGAUGGCAUGCCUCGCUCUAUCGUUGGAGAAUACAAUACCACCGAGCGCUCGAGCCCGCACAAUCUCAAUAACAGAUACGAUUUCCUUCAUGCCAGUCCUGCUUCCUUCGUCGCCAGCAUGCCUCUACACCAACAAGCGAACCUAGAUCAGGACAGCAUAUACGUUCUCUAUGAUGAGGAACACCCAGCCUCUGACGGGGUUGUGUCCAGCGAAGUGAAUUCUUCCGAGCUUCUGCACUGCUUCUGGGAGGAAUGCAUGCACCUCCCUACGUUUUCCCACAAUGAAUCAUUGUUGAAGCAUAUCAAAUCAGAGCAUAUAAACCCACAGUGUCACGCAAAUCGGGAACACAAGAAGAGCGCAUGGCAAUGCAACUGGAAGGACUGUGCUUCUUCUUCUGCCCUUUCAAAAAAGGCACUCCUCGUACGCCACGUCAAAACGCUACAUGUUGAGCCAGACGCGUUCUCUUGCGGGAUCUGUGGUAAGUGUUUCAACCGAAAAGACAACUUGAUUGGUCACCAGAGGAAACAUCAUCAGGCUUUAACCGCCUAA